AUGGUCCAGGUCAAGGGUAUCGACUACGCUCACCUAUGCGUGCUCUACACAGCUUGCGUCAUCAUCCGAGGCAGCAUGAUCUAUUUGUCGCUGCCCGUGCUGAACCUCCUCGGCCACUCCAGCGCCGAGCCGGUCACGCCGGCGGACGCCACGCUGAUGUGCUGGGGCGGCCUGCGCGGUGCCGUGGGGCUAGCGCUGGCCAUACAGGUGAGCAUCGAGCGGGCGGACGGAAUGCUGAGCGAGAUCCAGGGCCAGCGCGUGUUGUUCUACGUGGGCGGCAUCGCGCUGAUGACGCUGGUGGUGAAUGCUACUUCCUGCCCCAUGCUGGUCAAGUUCCUGAAGCUGAAUCGGCCAUCUGGCACGAAGCAGAUGAUGAUGCUUAACCUGAAGCGGAAGAUGCAGCGAUCGACGAACACCAGCGUCGGGCUCAGCUCCAUUGGUGCUGAGAUUCAGCAGGAACGCCUUGUACAGGAACCCGGCGGCGAAGUACCGGAAGACCGACCCUCAGACAUGCGACGUCGUCAAUCUCCGCAGCGUGGACCCGGGAGGUCGGCACCUGUGACUCCGGGGCGAGCUUCUCCUCCCGCGAGCCGUCUUCUGGCUGUCCCGGGUCCUGUCGCCCCCCCCCGCCCCCUGGAGCACGAGAGCGGGCAGACACCUCCCGCCGUGAUGUAG